AUGCUACAGCAAGCAAUUAAGAACCCAUCGUUCUCGAAUUGGGCCGGACCCGAAGGUGCCGCUUCCACAAAAAGUAGCGAUGGUAUCAGUGCCAUCCAAACGGCGCCCAGUGGACGCCCAUAUGGGUUCUGGUAUAAUGAUUCCGGUCGUCUAGUCCCAGGCCAUGGCACCCUUUUCCCUGAUGGUUAUCAGCUUGACUCCUCGGUCCGGGAGAAUUUUUGGGUUUGCCCCAUCCGCUCCUGCCGGCGACUGCGUGUCUACAUGAAAGGCUUGGGAAAGCACUUCAGUGAUAAACAUGCAUCUUGCCUCCUGAAUGACGACGGGAACGGAACAUUUUCCGUGGUCGGUAAGCAUGCAGGGAAGCGAGAUGCCAUUGUGGUCUCAAGGAAUCCGCCGAAACCUGGGCAAGGGCCAAUGGCAAUACCUCGACUUACUGCCAACCGAGUCGGUAGCGCAAUAACCCAAGGAGAUGGCCAAACUAGCCACGAGCCCGAGCAACAACUAACGAGUCAGCCUCAUCCAACCCAUCCACAGGGGGGAAGCGAGGAUGAGACUUGGUCGGACAUGGAAAUGACUGACGCCGGGCCUCUUCCGCUGAUCGCUGGAUCUGAUAACGAGGUAUCGACGGUGGAGGUACCGGCGGUGGAUAGUAGUCCUCUGGGUCCUCGAAACGACUCUCGGCGCAAACUAAUGCUUAACACACCAGACGAGAACACGUGCGGAGUGCCCAUUCCAGAUGGCUACAAGACCUGGGCCGCUCCUAAUUUUGAGUGGCUCUGCCCUAUUCGAUCCUGUCGGUCGGGCCAUCACAAUCGGCCUGGACUGGGGAUUCACUUCGGUAGAAAGCAUCGUGGCGAGCUUCUCAACGACAACCUCGACGGAACACUAUCUAGGAUUGAAGCCAAAGGUUCGAUGCGGUUUUUGGUCGCCAAGCACGAACCUGGCACCGUGGUCUCACAACGGCCCGGCCUAGGGCUAUCCACGGGCCCUCCGGAUCCGGAGCCACAGUGGCCUGAGGACCCUGGCCCAGUGUCGACAGUGACUCUGUCGGCCAAUGCCUCUGAAAUAUGGGAAUAUAUUCGGCCUUACCUUUCAAAAUUCAAAGUGUGUCCCAAUUCGGGGUGGGUGCCUGAGCUCAUCAGCCUCCCGAGGGUGCGCGACAUGGGCUGGAAUGAGGGUUGGAUUCUGAAGAACGGCUUCCGCGACGCGAAGGCGCUGGAUAUUUCGACACUAAUAAUUCAAGUCACUGGCGAGCGCCCACCCAAUCCAUGUUCCCGGUGCCGGAAAGGCGACAAAGGGCCGUACGGAGAGUGCAUUGUCAUAUCAAGAGCGGCCGAUCCUCGGGCCAGGUCCCGUAUUAUCGGCUGCGCAAAUUGUGUCUAUCACGGCCAACAAACCUUCUGCAGCUUCAAAUUUUCGGACGAACAGAGAUCGCACGACCACGGUGACACUGCAUUCGCACCGCCGCCCGAAACACAGACUCCGAAUCCCAUUACUCCCGGUACAAACUCUGCACAAGAUCAGUGGCCUCGGCGAUCGGAAAGGGUUCUGCUUCAUGAGUCCCUCUCCCUAUCAGAGGUGUCAAGCAGAAGAACUGAAGUAAAACAUGACCAGGAGGCCGGUCUACUGAGUACGCAGGUCCAUCAACCGAUCUCCAAAUCGCCUAGCGCAUCAGUCCAGGGCGCUGCUGCUAUACAAUCUCAAUCCUCCUCCGUGCCGGUACUAAAAGACGUCAGUUUGGCGAGACCCACCCAGGAAACGGACAACCUCGAAAUGGAUGAUUGGGAGAUAGCGCCUGGCCGCCUCAGAUCCUCUGCCGCUGUCGCUGCGACACGGACACUCGAGGAGGCAGAACCUCCGGAGAAUAUUGCAUUUUCUAAGGCGUAUCUGACCAACCAGUCGGUGCGGGUGAGUGCCGAUGUGGCAUUCCGGGUGGAGGUGGUGAGUUCGGGCUCACCGGUUCGAUGGCAAGUCGGUAGGAAUAGGAUGCGCAUCUGCUCCGUGGCCGCGGGCAAGGUGCGAGUGCGCAUCGAGGGCGAGGAUGAGUUUUCCAUUGGCCAUCACGGCAUGUUCAAGGUCCCGUCCGGAAAGGGGUGCGUAGUGCAGAACCGGCUCUACGGGGCUGCCGUGCUGCACAUUAGUGAGUUUGCCUGCGACCAGGAAUAA